GACGAGCGCUAUUUUUGGUUGUUUUACGGCAUCAUACCGUUUGUUAGUUAUCGCUUAUAAUUAAAUAUUCUCACGACUAAACCCACACUUCCCCCUGCAACAACGUACCUUCUACCUAUAGGCUAGACAAACCCCAUCAACCGCAGGUCUUUACAUAACAUAAGCCUUGUCUGCGUUUUUGUGGAUAGUGAGUUUCCUCUCGCUCUGUAGUCACCAUAAGUUGGUUGCUUUCAAGAUUAGGAGUACUCGCGAAGUGAGUCCAUGAGGGUAGUUAGUUUGGGCGCACUUUGGAAAAUUUGGCUGCAUACACAAUGAUCUCUGAGUGGGAGUUGUAACUUUAAAUAUUGGGCGCGUACCAGAGUCAUAGUUAAAGUGCAGAGUUGUCAGGCUUUAUGAGUGAGCUUUGGAAGUUCUGAGCAGAAAGAUUGGGUGCAUUUCAGAACUCUUACAAGAUUUCGGGGAAUAGUUUUAUGUUUUCAGGAAAAUAAAAAAUAGUCACAAAGUUCACCUGGAGUUUUUAGCAAAACUACGCUCAAUAGUUCUGAAUUGCGGCCAAGGCUUUUUCCGGCUAGACUAGACGUGGAUUGCUUAUGAAUUCUAAAGCAACAUAUCUACUCUUGUAAUAGAGUUCUUGGAGAUGUCACUUUCGUACCCAGAUUUUAUAUGGGUACUUUUUAGUCAGUAAAGAAGGUUUCAUGACGGACACCUGCAAGCACGUCCUCAAAGUGAAGACAAUUAUUCAAUUGGGAAUACUUGCUCCAGAACAUUGGCAUUGCAGCAACUGUCAUACAACAGAAAGUGUUUGGGCCUGUCUUUCAUGCUGCAAUUUCGCUUGUGGUCGUUAUAUGUCUGAACAUGCCCUUCUGCAUUUUAAGCAGACAAAUCAUCCCCUGUGCAUAGAAGUGAAUGAAAAAUUUGUAUAUUGCUAUAUCUGUGAUGACUUUGUUCUCAACGAUAAUGCACCUGGUGAUAUCAAGCUUCUUAGGAUGGCACUGGAUGCAGUUACCACUCAGAAUUUUGGCAAGCUCACAAAUCAAAAGAGAGGCAGACGCAUUCUUAGGUAUCGUAAUCAAGAUGCUGAAAAAAAAAAUUUACGUCUGUUAAAGGCUGAUGAUAUACAAACAGCCAUGACCCGGCACAGAAUUUCUCGUCUUUCUUGGGCGCUGCAUCUCUGGUGGUCGAGGUACACUGAAUCAAAGCUGGUCCCUGUUGUUACUAAGAAAGCGACCAAAAGCAAAAACGUGCCGUUGGCAUUAACUCCUGCUUUCACAGGUCUGCGUAAUUUGGGGAACACUUGCUAUAUGAAUUCAAUACUACAAAUCUUGCGUCAUACUGCCCCGUUCGCUAAUUAUAUCAUGAACUAUACGCUAGGUGAGAUUAACUCUCAAUCAAGAAAGCGCCUUAGUCACCCUGUUGGUUUAUCUACUGAUGAUCAAAUAUAUCCUGUCAAACGCCCAGCAACAUCUCAAAAAAGCCAAACUCCCACAAUCUCUAGCAGCUGCGAAAGUUUAUUAAAUUCGUCAGUUAGUGAAGUUAUGUCAUAUUGCACUCCGCAUACAGAACAUGACUCUGAUCUUGGUCGCGAAAAAAAGUCAAAUACUACGGUAAAUAAUGGAUUUUUAAAAUGUAGAUCUUCUGGAGGUUUGAAUGGUGGCCAGUGCCCGAAAUUUACAGGUGCGUGUAAUAGACAAUCACUUUCAGUAUCACUAGUUGAUCCAAAAGUAUCAUCUCCACCGUCUCCCUCCCUUUAUGAAGAAGUACAUAAUUUAUUCAAGUUAUUGUGGUCGGGUCAGAGAUCUAUUGUGAGUCCGAACAACCUUCUGAAUACUGUAUGGGCAACCCUACCAACAUUUAAAGGAUAUAAACAACAAGAUGCUCAAGAGUUCUUGAGUUUAUUACUUGACCGUCUUCAAACAGAACUGCAAGGUAUUCCGACAACUGUAUCGAUCAAUAGUUGUGAUUUUAUCAAUCGUGCUUUUCGUGGAUAUUCUGUCAGUCAUAUACAGUGCUCAGUUUGCCAUGUGGUUGCAUGUACUGAAGAGCCUAUUUAUGAACUCAGUCUUUCGCUACCUACCGAUUGUCAUUCUGAUGAAUCUUGUACAUGUGAUAUAGUCGAUCUCCUCCGCCAGUUUUUUAGUCCAUCUGCAAUCGAUGGGGCCAGUUAUGCAUGCGUCAUGUGCAAUCAGCGUUAUUCAGAAGUAAAUAGAAAAGGAACAGAAUUCACAGGACCAACACUUAGCGAAUACAAUUAUGAUUCAAAUGAUAACUUGGAUGGUCUGUCUUAUCCUGUUGUAUCCGUCGCUUUGUCUAGACUCGCUUCCCCAUCAUAUAGCCCUCAGCUUUCUUAUCCUGACUUCAGUACAUCGAGUGGGCUAACUGAAACAUCUUCUCUCCUAGAAAGUGUUUUGUCCACCACCUCAAGUUUAACUGGUCUGGAUGAACCAUAUUUCAACCAAUCACUUGAAAAGUCAGUUCAGUUUACCUCUCAACAAUCUUCUGUUCAAUCACUUCCUAUCAUUUUACCGAAGAAAUUUCCAUUACCUCUUACUAAGAGCUCCUUAUUAACUCAUGCAACACAAACAAUUCGCAUUUCUAAACUUCCGCGUGUUUUGCGACUGCAUAUUAAACGCUUUCGUUGGGUUGGAAGACAAAGGGAGAAACUAUCAUGUCAUGUAUCAUUCCCGCUUAUCUUGAAUAUGAAUGAAUUCAUGUUAAAUGAUGCAGACAGAGAAGAAUGUCGUCAUUCUCAUUUACACGACAAGUUACAUCGAAGAAUACCUCAUGAAAUACAAGAAAAAGUGGUUUCUUCUGAUGACAUACAUGACCAGUAUCCACCCAUACCAGGGUUACCUAAAGAGGAGGGUGAAAAAAUAUCACAUCAGUAUCUGUAUCACUUAACUGGUGUCGUCGUGCAUCAUGGACGCGGGUUUCAAUCUGGCCAUUAUACCGCCUACUGUCUAAAUGAUGCACCAGAGCGCUGGUUGCAUUGUAAUGAUGCCAAUGUAUCAUUAUGUGAUUUCUCAGAAGUAGCCACAGCACAAGCCUACCUCUUAUUUUAUUCAGAGCUUAUGCCUCGAACUCCUCUUCCUACCUGGUGUAAAAAUCCCACAAUUUCUGAAAGUUCAUCAAACAUCACAUCUUCUAUUUCACAGCCGAAUUUAUUGAAAAACCAAUUCCAGUGUCCUUCGUAUCUUGACAGCCAUCAUAGUAAUUUUGAUACAUUUCAAGAUCAAUCUGUAAUUCAUGGGAAAGAGUCGAAAAUGUGUUCAACACAGUGUUAAAUUUUACUUGAAAGCAGUUAAUAUAUUGUAUUUAAGAAUAUUUUCCCUUUUUGUUAUGCAUAUAUAUUACUCAUACAUCUGUUGUAAAUUAAAUCUUGCCCACUUUUUGUCAGCUAUAUAUGGUUAUUCAACAUUCAUUGUAUAAAUAUAUUCAUCUAGUCUGUUUAUAAAAACUGCAUUUAUUUUUCAACUUUCGUGUUCUGUUUCUUUUUAUCCAUGUAAUCAUUGUGACAGAUUAUCUAUAUUCAAUUUCUCUGUUGACCAGCUUAGCUUUUAAAACAUUCUUACUGUCCUACGAAAUUGACAAAAAUAUUUCCUCUAUUUUUUCAAUCUUACACUUGUUUUAUUACGAGUUUUUAAUUCAGCUGCAUUUCUAUUUAUAUUUGCUGUCAUUGUUGUUUUUACACUGGCGUUUACUACUUAUUCAGGCUUGUGUAAUGUAUAAUACAGUUAUCAAUCUGUUCUGUUUGUGCAAUAUUCGAUGACAAAAAUUAUUCUAAUUUGUCGAUAUAAUUGACAAUGAACACUGUGUUUUUAUGUCACAGAAUGAGUAGUUUAUUGAAGUUGUACAUUUUAAUUGUUACUAUUUAUUAUAAUUUUUGACUACAUUUGUUGUUCUUAAAGGUUAUUUAUCCGGUUUUGUUAAUGUUAUCCGGCGACAUAUAUUCCGUUUUUAUUUUU